AUGGCAAGCACCGAAGGCUUUGCAGCUAUUUUCUAUAGUGAGCCCGCUGUCCUGGGCCUUCUGGCAAAUGUCAUCAGUGCAUUUGUUGUGUGCCUGCAGAAUUUUUCCUCUGCUCAAAGCCAUGUCCAACCUGAUGGGGUGGCAAACAUCUUAGCCGGAGUCCACCUCAUCGUGAUUGGAGGCCUGUCACAACUCUUAGCUGGCUUGUUUACCUUCCGGAAGUAUGACCACUUGGGUGGCACAGCUUUUUUGGCUUUUGCUGCCCUAUGGAGCAGUUACGGGGUCACACGCAUUAUUUCCGAAGCAUAUGUCUUGCCAGAGAACAUAACCCUCAGUCCCAGCAAUGUCUCUGCCUUCUCAUCACUUGACCCUGCAUGUUUCUCCACCAGAGAGGGUGCUCUAGCAGGCUUGGUGGCCUACAUUUUCAUUUCUGUCAUCCUGUCCUUCUGUUCCGCCACUGUGAACUACAUAAUGCCCUUUGUCUUUGGAGCCAUCAUGUUGACUUUGGUGUUUGAAGCAGUGGGACUCUUUGCCCAGUGGGCUUUGGUGGUCUCAGGAGUCGUAGAACUGGUUAUUGUCAUCUCUGGGUUAUAUGGGGCAAUAGCACUUCUUUUCAAGGGCAUCACUCAACGGUACGUUCUGCCAGGCUUUGGGAACCCUCUUUUCAAUGUCCUUUUGCUUGGGUCAGCCAGUCGCAGUUCUUCCAAGAAUGUCAGAGAAGAGAAGAAGAAUACCAAGUAUGCUGAGCCCAUGGCCCUUGGCAACCUGUGUGACUUCAUUAGUUCUUUUAUCUUUGCUUUCUACUGUUUUGGUUACAUGUGUAACUUCUCUGUAGGAGCUGUGUGGGUGAGCAUCAACUCUAUUGGCCAGAUUUUGUCCAGCUUUUAUGGCUACUUGCGAGGCGAUGCCUAUUACACCACCAAGUCAGGCGUCCACAGUCUUUUCUGGCUGGUGAUGUCCUGGGAAGAGUUCACACUGACAGUUUUCAUCCAGUCUAAGAAUGUGCAGCUGAGCCGGGCAGGGAUGGUCGGUGACUGGUUCUUCUUGGCCACUGCCUGUGUCAUCCUCUUGAUGUCCUUCAACAGGGAUGUUCUUGAGGUGGUGCACAAUUCUCUUUUUGUCCUCCUGACAGUUUCCACCAUCCAGCAGAUCCCAAUCAGAGGGGCCUACAUAUUUUGGGGGGUUGCCUGCUGCAUCUACACAGCUGUCUCUCUCUAUGCCACUUUUGCCAGUCUGGUAAACUCAAUUGCUGAGAAGGCUUUGAUUCCAAUAGGGGUUCAAGUUAUGUCCAGUUCAAAGCUCCAGAAAGCAUUGAUGAGUAUCAAAAGGUGCCUACCAAAAUCUGAAAAACCCCUCGACUUGACUGCUUCAGAUAUUCCUAAUGCCUUGUUUUACAUCUGCAAUGGCCUGGCUGCCUUCUCUGCCAUCCAAGGAACACUAAAUGACCCUGUCAGACAGCACCUCAGUGUUCCCACGGUGCUGAUUCCAGGAGCCAUAUUCCAGCUAUACGUAUCCAGGCUACAAAUACAGAAAAGGAGAAGAUUUGGGUCAGUUCUGCCAUUCUGCUAUGCAGCCAUUUGGGCAACCUGGACCUGGCUCCGAUUUGCAGGUAACUUACUGAACAUUGACCCAAGAAAUGAUGGGGGAUUCACAGCAGGAGCUGUGGCCUUUUUGGUUGUCAACGUAUUUCUGAUGAUUAUAGCCUCCUACUCAAACCUGGUGCUCCUCUGCUUGACAGUUGUGAUGGAGGUGUUGAUCAUUUGCUUCCUUCUCUUCACACUGGAAAACCUUCCAGUGCCUCUUGAGAUUGUGAUGUUGACCAUCUUCAGUGCUCUUUGCAUCUAUGGAGCAACAGCGUCUCUUGCAAACUGCAUAUUUGGUGAAGAGCUCAUACUGAUGGGACCUGCCCUUCUUAGGGCAGAGACAGCUGUAAAGGAAACACCUGUCUCUCCUCCUUGCAUCAGCCCCAGUUCCCGACAGACCAGCGGCCUGAGGACUAUUGCUGGCAGGUUAAAUGCAGGAGGAGUGUGUGGAGUUCCCACUGACACAGUUUAUGCUCUAGGUGCCUCCUGCAAACACCCAGAAGCCAUUGAGAAGAUCUACAGAAUCAAGGACAGACCUCAAGAGAAACCCAUCUGCAUCUUCAUCUCCAAUGUAGACCAGCUCCGAGCUGCUGCUCCUCCCUUCAGUCCGUUGCUCUGGGAGUUUAUGGAGAAUGUUUACCCUGGGGGCAUUGGAUGUAUUGUCAAGAAGGGAGAGUGGCUGAAGACAUUAGGUGUUGGAGAUGGAUAUGACCGGGUGGGAACAAAAGACAGCAUCAUGAUCAGAGUCCCUGAUCAGACAGUCAUGGUUCACCUCAUAGACAUGACAGGUCCCUUGGCAAUCACCUCUGCUAAUCCCAGUGGCGAAACUGACAGCACCCACCAUGACAUGGUCAUCUCGCGCCUUGGACACUGGCUGGAUGGAGUUCUCUGUGAUGGGCAGUCCAAUGAAGUGGUAGCGUCCACAGUGGUCAACUGCACCAAGAUAGAUGAAGGUGGCAUCACAAUACUGAGAGAAGGAUGUGUCCCAGCAGCCAAGGUGAUGCAGAUAUUUGAGAAGGUGAAGAACCAAAUGGUAUGAACCCAAGAAGAAUGAGUCCAAUCCAAGACGAACUGUCUGUUACUCUUCAGCUCAGGAACCAAGCUUCUUCAGAAGGCUGCUUCCUAUCAGGCCCUCUGCUGGCUCUUAAGAUAUACUGUUUAUUGCAAGAUGGGGGUUGUUUGUUUUCUGCUUCCUCAAAGACUGACAUGGGUCAAGUUGUCUUUGCUCGGCAAGACAUCAGCAACAGUUGAAUAUGCAAUAGUCUAAAAGAGUUUCCAAGACAGAAUAACCUAAAUCACUUUGGCCACAGCCAAGGGAUACCUGUAAAAUGAAGAAACAUCUAACAUCCCACUUUCCCCAAAAGCAGAGACCAGAAAAGUUGAUGCAGUUCAGGGUCUGCUUAUUCCCAGCCUUACAACACACUUC